UUUUACUCACUGUCAUACUUCUAGUACUUCUAGCUUUAUCGAUCAUGAUAAUCCGCAAGACUGACUCAAAAGCGAACAAGUGAAUUCGGGGCGCUGUGGCAGAGGUUUGUGGAGCUGAACAUUUGAAACUCGACACAGCCAAUAUUCUAGAAACAUAUAGCUUCACCUAGACGCAUGUCUUUGCACAGAAUUACGACGUCCACGAAACUCUGAUCUCUGAUCUGAGUUAUCAGGAUCAUCAUCGCACCUUCUCCUUCGCACACAGCGCAGCGUUCUCCCUUGGUAUAACGCCCACCAUCAUGAUGAAAUCCUUCCUAUUCGUUCUUUUCUUUUUGCUUGCCAUCGCGGUGGCAUCUCCACUUGAUGGACAGGCUCGCGACCUCACGCCGUCAAAGAGAUUUGCGCUUCCCAAUCUCCCUCGGCAGCCAGAAUCUUUCAAAGCCUUGAACAAACGUACCCCCGCUCUCGGGCCCUCCCCACUUUAUGUUGCUCGUGAGGCUAGUCCAUCAAAGCGCCUCGCUGCUCGUCAGGCCUCUCCUUCAAAGGGGCUGUCAGCUCGACAGUCGGUUGCCUCACCGCGUUAUUUACAUGCCCGUGCUGCGGAGCCAGCCCCGUCUAAGCGGUUUGCUGAGGAUUCCGCAGCACCGCAAAAGCGCAGCCUUGACGAACAGCAUGUCAUGGAGGACGUGACAGAUGUCCAGCGUGGGUUUUGUCUCGACGGGCUCGUGGCUUGCCCCGUUUUGAGCACCCCUGGCCAGUUCCCUCGCACGUUUGUCGAGUGGGAAGCGGUAGGGUUUGAGUGUGUCGAUUUUACGGUGGAUUUGCGUUCCUGCGGUGGCUGCUCCAGUCUUGACCCUAUUGAGCACGACUGCGCGAAGAUUCCAUAUGUUCAGGGCGUAGCUUGCGUUGCUGGCGAAUGCCAAAUCUCAUCUUGCCAACCCGGCUAUUUGCUGCAAAGUGAUGGCCAAAGCUGCUCGCCAACAGAGUAGGCGUGUAGAUUCGUCGGACAUUGCUAAUAGACUUUCUGUUCUUUUUAUGAUGUGGACGAGCCGGUGUUCAUCCUAGACAUUUGACGUUUAUGCCUUUUCGUUCAGUCUUCUUACAGGACUUUCGUUUCGUUGUUAUAUUCCUUUGUGGAUACUAUUCGUGUUACCUGUUUGCUAGUUUUACGGCCCCCACAUAUUUACGACGAUUGGUGCUAACUCAGGUUGUUCUGCUCAAUAGAUAACGCAUUUCGUUGUGCAUAGAUUGCCGCUGAGAUUGAACUGAACAUAUUACGUCACUAUUACUAGUAGCUUAUAAUCUACUAGUACAAACUCGGGUCGGUAGUAAUAGGACUUAAAAUGGACGUCGUUCC